GCUAAGUAUGAUUCUCGGACUGGUUGGAGCGUGUAUGUUGCUGGGCGCCCAAGCGCUGGAACCCAAAUGCGUCAAUUACAACACAAACAGGUUCGAAUAUGAGCACAACGUGAUUGAGAAGCUAAUCUACUUGGAACAAUUCAAAUCAGAAAACGCUAAGAAAAUGCAAGUUCUGGAGCAACAAGUACAAGGCUGUAUUACCAACUCACAUCAGACGUCAGCGACGUACGUUCACUGGGGUAAGAAAACAUGUCCCAAUGUCACAGGCACUACACAGGUGUAUACAGGGCAGGCAGCCGGGGGACACAGUUCUCACGCUGGCUCUGGUGAAUACAUUUGCUUGCCAAGCGACCCAGAGUAUGACCAAUACAAUAGUGUGGCCGAUACGUCCAGGUCUUUGAUGUAUGGCGCUGAGUACGAAAUACACUCAAAUCCUCCAGCGUUCAACAAUCUCAAUCAGAACGACGUAGCGUGCUCCGUGUGCCUUGCUGGCGGAAAAUCAACUUUGAUGAUACCUGGCCGCACAUCUUGCUACAGCGGAUGGACCAAGGAGUAUCAGGGAUACCUGAUGGGAGAGCAUUAUACACAUCAAGGCAAAGGGUAUGUAUGCAUGGACAAAAAUGCCGAGCCAUUGCACUCAAGCUUUGCGGACCUAAAUGGAGCCUUGUUUUACCUGGUUGAAGGUCGAUGCGGCACUCUUAAAUGCCCUCCGUACGUAGAAGGAAGAGAAAUUGCGUGCGUCGUCUGUUCGAUCCGCACAUAAACAUGUUACAACACACAAGCUUAAUGGAUUUUUGAAGUCUGUAAAAUAAGUUUAAUUAAAAUAAGUUCAAAUUAUUUGUCAGAUUGCUACUUUAAUAUUACAUAUAUAGUCGCAUAUAACGUGUUAUUAUUAGUCAAUUUAUUAAACGCUCGAGGCCGUUGCAUAUGUAUUAAAGAUAUGUAUUGCUAUUUUAACACGCUGCUAUGGUAUAACCAGUGCGGCAGGCUCACAUUAAGGUACACGAAAUACAUGUUUGCUCGAUGUUAAAUAAAUCUUAAAAAGUAUAAUACACAUAUCCUAAUUAGAACGUGGUGUUGAUUUCUUCCAUAUUGAAUAAGUUGUUCCGUUGAUUUCAUUUUCAGUUAUAAACUUAAAUAUUUUCUUGUCGUUACAUUCUUAAAACGCCACUUAUACGAGAACAUGUUUUUCUAAGAAAAGUUAUAAGCCAAGUUACCUUUUAAUGUUUUCUUUUGAUUUGGCCAACUUUGCAAUUACACGGAGAGACUCUUGUUAGCCUAUUCCAAUCAAAUUGGUAUCGAUAUCUGUAUAUUCGUGCCCCUUUUCAUAUUGUGAGAUAAAUUGUACCAAGCAAUCACUUUCGAUAACAAUGGUUUUGUAAAAAAUAUAAUAAGCUAAUGAUUUGCAGAUUAUAACGUGACAUGGAUGCUCUAUAUAUCUAUGUACCUUUUUAUUUAGUCAGACAUAUUGCAAUAGUCGCAAGAUUUAUUUAUAAUGUGUAUCCUCAAAUUAUGUCUAUUAAAAAUCCCUUGAUUAAUACAUUAAAUAUAAUGUUCUAUCUUUAUAUGAUGCUUAAGUCGAUAUAAUACAAUGAUAUCAAUCAGGCGAUUUCGUUUUAUCAUUAUUUUGAAUAAUAUUAUUAGUCAAAUAGUUCCUGCUUAAUAUACUGAACGCUUUGUUUACGCGGAAACCGAAUAAAUGAUUACAUAAAAAACUUA